AUGGCUUUCGUUAAGCAUCUUUUUUAUAUUUGUCUCUUUUCUGGAAUCACUACGUUAGCAUUAACAGUUAAACGUCGUCCAUUAGUUUUCAUAUUAUGCUUAAAAGGUUUCCGUUGGGAUCUGCCGUAUUCAUAUUCCCAUUUGCCCAAUUUUCGUCGUUUAUCGACAACGGGCUCACGAGCACUGUGGGUAGACGCCGAGUUCGGUGGAAGUCAAACCAACAUUCUUAGUCUGAUGUCAGGUCUUCAUGUUGAACACCAUGCCCGACAAGAUUUCAUCGAAACAAUUCCUGUUACCAAUGAACACGUCGGCGGUCAUACACGUUUACUUCAUUGGCCAUGGUUUGACCGAGAUGCAAGUGACUCUGUCUACGAGCAUUUACGUUCAGGACGUAAAAGUCAGCCAGAAAUUCUCGAAUCAUAUUCGAAUCAGGGUCGAAUGCCGUUACAACGUUUAACAAAGCAUUUAACAAAGAUUUUCAAUAGUUUAACCGAUGAAAAUGAUCGAACGAAUCUCAUUAUGAGUUUCGUCGAUGAUCCAUUCGUGACGUUGAAGCAUCACGGAAUCCAUUCGAAUAGUAUUCGUCGAACAAUGAUAAAUAUCGAUCGAUUGAUUGGACGGAUCUUGUCUUUUACAACCAAAAAUCAGAUUAACUUUAUUGUUCUUGGCGAUCAUGGGAUUGCAUCGAUUGAUUGUCGUCAAGCCAUUCACAUACAUAAUAUCUUUAGCAAAGAACAAUUAGAUUAUUAUGCUGAUCGAUAUAGCGGAACAAGUUUUAGUUUUGUGGUUUAUCCAAAAUCAGGUCAGAGAUUUACCGAGUCUUUUCCGUUGAAAACUUUUUCGUUUGAUAAAACAGAUUACGCACAACAGAUCUUGUUGAGUCAAUUGCGAAAUUUCCCAAACGAACAAAUUGAAAUCUUCACAAAUGAUCAAAAUCGUUUACCACCUAGACUUCGUCUGCCAGCACCCAGCAACAAACCAUCACCAAUCAUCGUAUUUGCAAGAGAAAAAUUCUAUUUUUCAUACAAAAAUGAACAGAAUGCAGACUACUGUCCAAACGAAUAUAGUCCCAAUUGUCAAGGAUCAAUCUUAGCAGACCACAGCGACGAUCCUCGUCAUUUAUCCAUGCGCACUGCUCUAUUUGCGCAUGGGCCUCUGUUCAAAAAGGGGCAUAUUAAUGAGCCAGUGCUAAUAACGGAUGUUUACGCAUUAUUAAGACAAGUUCUUUGUCUUUCACCCAUCGCUCUGCCUCGAAAUGGCUUAUUUUCUAUCCAUCAAAUGCUCGACUUGACAUCCGUUUCAAAUACAUGCGCUCAUUUAUAUUUAUCAAGCACGAAUAUGCUUCAUACUAUUGCAACAAAGCCCGUUCAACCUCCUGAAGUCACCGAAGACGAUUCUCAAUUAGUUUAUGUUAAUAUAACAGAAGGAUCUCACCGACCACAUCGUAAUUAUGUACAAAUGCAAGUUACUAUUGAGUGA